CAGAGUGUCAGCUAGUUAUUUGUGGGGAGGCGCUGUAGCCAUUUCGCCACAUGAAAGCCCGAUGAGCUGAACGACCAACAUCCGAGUUGUUCGUGGAGAAGAGAAAUCAGCUUCGAGGAGCUCCGCGCGCACACAGGCGUACACGAACUCGCGCGCAAACACGCACGGCGCUCAGACACGUACACUUCCUCCUCCUCCGCCGUGGAAAAAAGAGAGAGAGAGGGACAGAGAGAGGGCACACGAAACGCAAACUUCCAACUCUCCCAUGUGGAAAGCAGAGGUUUGAGGAUAAGGUAUAUUUUUUCCUCCUCGGGGCUCCGUUCCUUCCCCCCUCUCUCCCUCUCUUUCUCUCUCUUUAAGUGUUUUUGCCCGGAUAGUUGUAUUUCUAUGAGAGUCUUGUUCGGCGAGGAGAGAAGUUUGGUUGUUUGCCUGGUCGGCUGAGGAGGAGGAGGAGGAGAAGAGUCGGGUUAAAAGUGGGGGAAGAUGGUCCGCAACGCCGCCUGGAGAAGAAGCUUACUAUGCGUCCUGGCGCUCAGUCUCAGCUUUGCGUCCCCGCCGUGCAAUGCUCGGAUUUACACCAACCACUGGGCAGUCAGGAUAGCCGGUGGACCCGAUGUGGCCGAGCGGAUAGCGGAUAAAUAUGGCUAUAGGAACAUGGGACAGAUUGGGGAUCUCAAAGACCACUAUCACUUCUUCCAUAGCCGGACCAUCAAGAGGUCGACUUUGUCCAGCCGCGGUCGCCAUAGUUUCAUCUCAAUGGAGCCCAAGGUGGAGUGGAUACAGCAGCAGGUGGUGAAGAGGAGGAUCAAGAGGGAUUACAAGCCAUCCCCGCCCCUUUCUCUGACAAGCCCCGCCCACAGCAGCCCAGCCCAGAGCAACAUAUUCUAUAACGACGCUAAGUGGAGCAGUAUGUGGUACAUUCACUGUAAUGACGAUGUCCAUAACUGCCAGUCGGACAUGAACAUCAUGGGGGCGUGGAAGAGAGGCUACACGGGUAAAGAUGUGGUGGUCACGAUACUAGAUGACGGCAUCGAGAGGAACCACCCAGACCUCUUUCAGAACUACGACCCUCAAGCCAGCUUUGACGUCAACGGCAACGACAUGGACCCCAUGCCCCGAUACGACGCAACCAACGAGAACAAACACGGGACGCGGUGUGCGGGCGAAGUUGCUGCAGCCGCAAACAACUCCCACUGCAUUGUGGGAAUUGCCUACAAUGCCAGAAUAGGAGGUGUGCGAAUGCUGGAUGGCGAUGUAACAGAUAUGGUGGAAGCCAAGUCUUUGAGUCUCCAGCCGCAGCACAUUGACAUCUACAGCGCCAGCUGGGGACCUGAUGAUGAUGGAAAGACUGUGGAUGGACCAGCGUCUCUGGCCAGACAGGCCUUCGAGAACGGCAUCCGCAUGGGGAGGAAGGGCCGUGGCUCCAUCUUCGUGUGGGCAUCAGGCAACGGCGGGCGCAGCAGAGACCAUUGCUCCUGCGACGGCUACACCAACUCUAUCUACACCAUCUCCAUCUCCAGCACAGCCGAGAGCGGACGCAAGCCGUGGUACCUGGAGGAAUGCUCGUCCACACUGACCACCACCUACAGCAGCGGAGAGAACUACGACCGGAAAAUUAUCACAACAGACCUGAGACAUCGAUGUACAGACAGUCACACGGGGACGUCGGCCUCGGCUCCCAUGGCUGCUGCCAUUAUUGCUCUGGCCCUGGAGGCAAAUCCUCUUUUAACAUGGAGAGAUGUGCAGCACAUAAUUGUAAAGACCUCCAGAGCUGGACAUCUCAGCGCCCCUGACUGGAAGACCAAUGCUGCUGGAUACAACGUCAGCCACCUGUAUGGCUUUGGAUUGAUGGACGCUGAGGCGAUGGUGAAGGAGGCAGAGCGAUGGAAGCAAGUACCUCCUCAGCACGUCUGUGUGGAGAGCGCAGACCGACAAAUAAGAACUAUCCGUCCAGAGCAUGUGGUUCGGUCAGUGUACAAGGCAACAGGAUGCACUGACAACCCCAACCACCACGUGAUCUACCUGGAGCACGUGGUCGUACGUAUCACAAUCACACACACCCGCCGUGGGGACCUGUCAAUCAAUCUGACCUCACCCUCAGGGACCAAGUCUCAGCUGCUUGCCAACAGGUUGUUUGAUCACUCCAUGGAGGGUUUUAAGAACUGGGAGUUUAUGACCACCCACUGCUGGGGAGAGAAGGCAGCAGGCGACUGGGUCCUAGAGAUCUAUGAUUCACCUUCUCAACUCCGCAGCCAGAAAGUACCCGGCAAACUGAAGGAGUGGUCACUGGUGCUGUAUGGCACCUCUGUGCACCCGUACUCGUCUCUGCGCAGCGAUAAGCCCCGCUCCACAGACAUGCUGACGCCCACCGAAGAGGAGUUCACAGAGGAGUACAACGGCCCCUGUGACCCUGAGUGCAAUGAGAAUGGCUGUGAAGGUCCUGGACCCCAUCACUGCAUCAACUGCCUCCACUAUUUCCUCAAGUUCAAGAACAACACCAGGAUGUGUGUGUCAGAGUGCCCCAGUGGCUUUUUUCGUGACGAUAGGAAGCGCUGCAAGAAGUGCUCCUCAUUGUGCGAGACCUGCGUUGGAAGCCGUAGCGACCAGUGCACCACAUGCAGGACUGGUUUUCACCUCAAUGAAGGCUCCAACACGUGUGUCGCCAACUGCGGCGACGGCUUCUACCUCGACACCGAUUCCAACAUUUGCAGGAGAUGUCCAGAGAACUGCAGGAAGUGCACCAACUCCAAUAUCUGCACAGAAUGUAAACCUGGGAUGAGUCUUCAAGGAAACAAGUGUCAAAUGACCUGUGACCCAGGAACUUAUUACAAUGGCCACAGAAGGACUUGUGAGCCUUGUCAUCGGGCAUGUGCCACCUGCGCAGGCACAGGUAUAGAGGCGUGCACAAAGUGUGCAGACGGCUACUUACUUGAGGACUGGCGGUGUGUGUCAACAUGCAGCACUGGCUACUACCUGUCAGAGCAGACCUCAGACAACGGGCAGGUUCAGAGGUCCUGUAAGAAGUGUGACCAUAGCUGCUACGAGUGCUUGGGGCCCGGUGAACAGAACUGCAGCAGCUGUGUCACUGGUUACAAUCUGGAGGCAGGAGCCUGUGUGGUCAGCACCAUCUGCAAAGAUGGACAGUACAUGAGUCACCAUGGAAAUUGCCACCUGUGUCAUGCUACCUGUCUGCAGUGCACAGGUCCAGAGGAAGAAGACUGCACCAGCUGCUCUGAGACACGGCUCUUUGAUGAUGGGAGCUGCGUCAUCCGCUGCCAGACGGGGCGUUAUGCCAUGGGGAGGCAGUGUCAUCUCUGUCACCACACCUGCCACGAGUGCACUGAUGAGGGACCUGACAACUGCACCAGCUGUGACAGAGAUAAGUUUGGGGGCCCCAGGUACCUCUAUCAGAGUCAAUGCCGGGAUGUCUGUCCAGAGGGGUUCUUCAGCUCUUCAAGGAAACGGUGUGAGCACUGUCCCACAGACUGUAUCAUCUGCUCGUCAGCAGAACACUGCCUCCACUGCAGCCCAGGACACAAGCUCAGAAAUGGACAGUGUGUCCCGCUGGAGUGCAGUGCAGGUGAGGUUGCAGACGCCGAUAAAGAGGACUGUAUUCCCUGUGACGAGGGCUGCAAGAAAUGUGAGCGCAAGGAUUCAGGAGCUCAAAAAACUGUUUGCCUCAAAUGUGAAGAUGGUUAUUACCAGUUGGGCUCAGACUGUCAUCAGUCCUGUCCAGAUCGGACCUACAAUGUGAACGACACCAUGGUGUGUGAUCCAUGUGAAGACAAACAGUGUGAAGUCUGUGACGAGUUCCAGUGCUACUGGUGUAAAGAGGGAUUCUACGUUGACGAUGGCAAGUGUGUGGAUCACUGCAAGAAAGGUUUCUUUGUGGAUGAGGAGAGCCGAGACUGUGAGCCCUGUCAUCGUGACUGUCGCACCUGCGGAGGGCCACGAUAUGACGACUGUGAUUCCUGUGAAGACGAAUUCGUGCUGAUCAAUGGGGAGUGUGUUAAGGAUAGACAGUUUGCUCUCUGCCCUGAGACACACUUCAGAAACAGUCAGGGUGACUGUGAGUUGUGCCACUCCACUUGUAAGACUUGCUCUGGUGCAAGAAAGGAUGACUGCAACAGCUGCCACUCUGGUCAUUUUUUGACCGCUCGACAGACCUGCACGCCUCGUUGUCCACCUGGCACAUUUGCCAACAAGGCGUCCAGCCAGUGUGAAGACUGCUCAAAAGGGUGUGUCAUAUGCCAAGACGCCCAGCAGUGCCAGCACUGUCGCAAUGGACUUAACCUCCAAAAUGGAGGGUGUGUGGUGGAGUGUCAGAGAGGAUUUCCUCAAGGUGGCGUGUGCCACCCGUGUGCCCCAGAGUGCACAUCCUGCCAGGGAAAUUCCUCUCACUGUCUGAGCUGUGAGGCACAGUACCUGCUGCUGGACCACUCCUGCAGGUCACACUGUCCAGAGGGCUACUACACCUCCAAGACAGAGUGCCAUCGCUGUCCAGCUCAUUGUGAAGAGUGCAAUCGGGAUGGCUUGUGUAAGAAGUGUGCCCACUACUACUUCCUCCAUAACGACAAGUGUGUGGAUGAUUGUCCCAAUGGCUACUUUGCCAGUGAGAAGCAACAGGAGUGUGUGCGUUGCCAUGCGGAUUGUGCCUCUUGUGACGGACCAGGCUUUGAUGACUGUGAUGUGUGUAGCAACCCGCAAGCUGUGCGUUACAACGGAGAGUGUCUGGCUAAGUGUCCCAGCAGCACUUACUAUGAUGCGACUACCAAUGAAUGCAGAGACUGUGACAGGUCAUGUCUGACCUGCUCAGGCCAUGAGCCCUCAUCCUGCCUUACCUGCGACACCAACAGGCGUAAAGAUGCCAGCGGUCACUGUGUGUGGUUCAGUCAGUGCCCUCUGAGCUCAUACAUGGACCAUAAUGGGGACUGCCGGCCGUGUCACAAACUCUGUCAUCGCUGUUCUGGGUCAGGCCAAGACCACUGCCUCAGCUGCAACCCACCAUACUUCAUACUGAACAGCACAUGCGUGGAGGAGUGUCCUGUUGGUUACUAUGCAGAGGACAAAGACGAACGUGCGUGUGAACGCUGCCACUUCAGCUGUAAGUCAUGUGCUGGUCGUCAUAGUUUGCAGUGUGUCGACUGUAGAUCUGGAUUCUUCAAGCAGGGAAGUAGCUGCGUGGAAACCUGUUCAGAGAGUCACUUUGGCAACACCACCACCAUGGUCUGUGAGCGAUGUGACCCCUCUUGUACCAAGUGUUGGGGUCGUGGUAACAGAAACUGUCUGCUCUGUCGGGAGGGCUACGUCUACCUGAGGCAGCAGGGACAGUGCCUUCAAAGCUGCCCUCCAGACUACUACCAAGACAGAUGGUCCAAGACCUGUCACAAGUGUCACCCCACCUGCAAAACCUGCAGUGCUGGCGGCGCUCUGUUCUGUCAGUCCUGUUAUGAAGGCUACACAUUCAUGAAAGGCAUCUGUGCAGCCCAGUGUCUUGUAGGCUUCUACGCCACUUCACAGGGCUCUGAGUCUGACAACGAUCAGCCAAACUGCCAGGCGUGUGACCCGUCCUGCUUGGACUGCCGAGGUCCUGGCAUGCAGAGUUGUACAGUGUGUCCCGCACUCCAGAUCCUGUCUGAUGAUGGCCGCUGCUUGUCCUGCUGUGGUAAUGAGACACGCCAUGAUGAUAAACCAAUACCGAGGGAGUGCUGUGACUGCGAGGCCUCACGAGAGGAGUGCGUCCUGGGUGUCAACUUUCUGAUGAGAGAGGAUUCAGAGGCCGAAGGCAGCACCGCCAAACUCUUUGUCACUGCCUGUGUUGUAGUUAUCCUCUCUGUGGGCGGAGGAGUCUUCCUCUUCCUCAAUGCUCGAUCUAGAACAGUUGCAAUGGCACCUAAAAUCAAAGCAGGAGGCUAUGAGAAACUGGAUACCAAUGGAGGCGUUGCCUUACAGCCUGCUGUCUCUUCAUUUGGGGAGUACAGCGAUCGCAUUGCCGAAUGCGAGGAUGAUGAGGAAGACGAUGACGAUGAGGACAUUGUGUACAUGGGACAGGAUGGGACGGUGUAUCGGAAGUUCAAGUACGGACUCUUGGAUGAAGAUGAGAUUGAGUUGGAGUAUGAUGAUGAGAGCUACUCCUACAGAUGAAAACAAAGCACACAGAGACCUGACUCGGGAGGAGUGGCUCUUUCUAACAUAUCAUUGCUGUCUAAACAUGUUGUGAAGAUUGUUCACAUGAUGUCUAUUUAAUUCUUAUCUUUUUUAAUAGUUAGAUCUCUUCAGAUCCUGUCAGCGGGUGAAGCAGUGAAGGAGGGUGACAAGCACACACAAAAUUUUUUCAGUGACAUCACAUCUCAAAGACAUACUCUCCUCUUGCCAUAUUUACACAGGCCCCAUGUGCUGGUGGCACUGAUCAGAUUGUUUAGAAGUCUGGAUUCACAGCACAUUUUCUACAUUUCAUGAUCAUAUUUGUGCUGGCUGUUUGCCCUCUCUGAUAGUCUCAAAAUCAUUUCUCCCAUGUCGAAGGUGACGUUUCAUCAUGAUAAAUGAUUGCCAAACCAGUUCCAACCUGCUAUCAUGCCACAGUUUUGUUGACAAUAUAAGGUUACGGCUGAUUGCAGUUGGCAGAGUUGUUUGCCAUGACUACUGUUAACUUUGUUUGGCAGCAACAGGACUUAAGAGAAUUAAAUGUGCUUAUUGUUCCAGUCUUACCCUGCAGAGGCUAAAAAACAAUUCAUAUUAUACAUGACAUAUUCAAAUACAUAUCUGAGACACAUACAAAUCUGAGGACAAAAAUAUUUGAUGUUUGCACAGCACUGAUAAGUUCCAAGGUUAUAAAAUUUGGUUAUCUACAUUCAGUUUGAUUAUUAAGUCAUAUGUCACCUGAGAUAUUUGACAGAAUGGCUGCUGGGUCAAGUUGGAUACUGACUCACUAGUGGUCAAGCCUCAUAGUAAAGAGUAAUGAAAAUGAGUAGAAAGGACAUUGAAUUGUUUACCUUGGUCAUUCGAUGAGUACAAAAGAAAAUGGCGAUUGUUGUGAGUUGCUAUGGUGACAAAACACGUCAGUUUAAGGACUCUGUUUCGGCCUAUCCUUACACCUACUGUCCCUAUUAAACAGAAAAAUACAAACCACCAAUCCAAGUUUCUCUCUUUCACUGAACUAAAACUAGUAUAAACUUAACUGCCUCGUUAACUCAUUUUAAAAAACCUUCAUUUAAACUCGACAAAACAACACUCAACAAAACUGACUUAGUUAUUCUUGUUACUAAUCUAGUUAGUUAGUUAGUAGGCUUUUACAACAAUCACCAGUUUUGGUUUGGUCGAAAUAAAUCCUUAACUCACCGAGUUAGAUGUAAAAAAUAUGCUGGCUCUGCCUCUUUGCCCGCUGAGCAGCAGCUUUAUUUGUUCUUCUGAGGCAGCUACAGUAGCGUUACAUCGUGUUUCAAUAAUCAUGCAACGGAUGGCAACAAAAGAAACAGUUAGGGUAAUAUUUUUUAAAUUGACAGAUUGCUCAAUUAAAACAUACUACUCAGCUGCUUGUUUGGUCGUUACUGCAAAACCCCACCUUAGUGAGUUCACAACUUGAAAAUGGCAACAUUACACAUAAAAAUGGCCGCUGCUCUGACCAUCCUGCUGCACUGAUUUGAAUGAGAAGGCCCGUUCUAAUCUCUAUGUUUUUGUCUGUGUCUCAACAUCAAUAAUUUUGGUUUACUUUUGGAUUACCAAACCUUUCAUUUGAUUGGCAAGAAGAGUUUGAUCUCUUUGUUUGAGUCACAAACCUCAGGGGACACUGUGAAUGUGCUGACAGUCAUAUUCAUUUUCAUGUGUUUGUUUACAUUUUCUAGAAUAAAUCAUUUCAUUUGAGGAUAAUUUUGUAUGUUUACAGCAUAAUGUGACUCAGUAGCUAUUGUCUGCUUGUGGAAAAGAGAAUCUUACACAAUCAUACAUUCAUAUUACAAUUUGCAGAGUUAGAUUUAUAUAAGAUUACAUUUCAUUACAUUUGAUUGUUCUAGUUUUAACAACCCAGUUGUGUAACAUGCUUCAUCUGUUUCUGCAUCAUCUGGUUUAAAGCUCUUAUUGUAACAUUACUGUCAGAACUUGCUGUGUUACAUUUGUUUAAUCAGUAAACUGGACUGUGUAUUACACUGCAGGUGUCACCUCAGAAUACAAAGCAAACUUUACACUGAAGCACAAUCUGACCUGUAACCCUGUGUGGUACUGUUUGGAUCUUUUCAGGUUAGUUUACACAGAGAGGAAAACGUUUUCUCUGGUUUCAUUUUAUUUAGGCCACAGUGAAAUGCAUCUCUGUGAGUGUCCAGAUAACUGCUCAUAACACAGCAGAAGGUUGCAGUUGAAGAUUUUUCCCCCUUUAACUCACUCUUUGACUUCAGCACUGUGCAGUUGCCUUGUAUCGCCAUCUCCCUGAGAUAAUAACGGGUCUGCAUCCCACCCACUGUAACGUGUGAAGAAUAAAUCAUUCGGAUCUUUCUCUGUACUUUGUUUGAGGUGAGAUGUGCUGUGAAUCAU